AUGUCGAAGCCAUCAAUUCUCCUUGUCCCGGGUUCCUUCGCCCUACCCGAGUUCUAUGACACAGUCAUCAACCCCAUAGCCGCAAAAGGGUACGAAAUAAAAGGCCUCCACAAGCCAAGUGUGGGCAUUGCAAGCGGAAAACCUCGGGAAGGAGCACCACCAACCAUGUACGACGACGCCAGCUUCAUCGCCAAGGAGGUCGAGAAGCUCGCCGACCAAGGAAAGGACGUGAUCCUCGUUAGUCAUUCGUAUGGAGGCGUCCCUGUGACAGAGAGCACCAAGGGAUUGAGUAAGGAAGAAAGGCAGAAACAGGGAAAGAAGGGCGGGAUUGUGAAUUUGGCGUACAUGACUGCUCUGGUGCCAGCUAUUGGGCAGACAGCAAAGGACGUUCUGGGAGACGUUCCCAAAGAGCAGCAAUUGGACUUGAAGGUUGAUGAGAAUGGCUGGAUGUAUCAUGAUCCGGCCGAAGCAUCAGCAGCUAUCGUAUUUUCCGAUCUUCCCCUUGAAGAAGGUGCCGCCUGGAUAAGGAAGUUCCCCAGGCAUUCCGCUCUUAGUUUCGUUGGCGAAGUGACCCAUGCUGGGUACAAAGACAUCCCAGUGUCGUAUUUGCUCUGCGAGAAGGACCUGUGCAUCCCAGCAAACGUUCAGAGAGAGGGGAUCGACCGGAUUGAGAAGGAGAGCGGGAGGAAGGUUGAUGUGACGAGUAUCAAGGCCGAUCACUGCCCCAUGGCUGGCCAGCCCGAGGUAGUGGCCAACUGGAUUCUGAGCGUUGCGGAAAAGUAUUAA